ACAGGUGCCAUUGUACCUGCCUGAAGCCGUGACGGGAGCGAGUGUAUUGUGAGCUGUGUCCCGGCUCCAGUGCGAUCCAGCUCCGCGCCUUUGUGGCAGCCCUGUCUCUCUGUUUGAACUGGAAGGUUGCGAAUGGCGGUACUUUAGAGUGGGUACUGGGGAUGUGCUGUCCCUGCUGCAGUUCGGGAAUUACUCUACUACAUAUGCGCUCAGAUACCUGAAUGCUAACAGGAAAAACACACGGACAAAAUGAGUUCCCAAAAUCAGGAUAAGAGAAGAUUUCUGCAGUACUGCCGCCAUUUCUUAGCUGACAAUGGGGCAUUUCAUGUUGAAAGAUGUAUGAGUGUAAUGCAGUCUGGGACACAGAUGGUAAAACUAAAGAGUGGAACAAAGGCUUUGGUUCGCCUCUUUUACCUGGAUGAACAUCGGACAUGUAUCAGAUGGAGACCUUCAAGAAAAAGCGAGAAAGCUAAAAUUAUAAUUGAUUCAAUUUACAAAGUCACGGAAGGGCGACAGUCUGAAAUAUUCCACCGCCAUGCAGAAGGAAACUUUGAUCCCAGUUGCUGUUUUACCAUAUAUCAUGGAAACCACAUGGAAUCUCUGGACCUCAUAACAUCAAAUCCGGAGGAGGCCCGAACUUGGAUCACAGGGCUGAAAUAUCUGAUGGCUGGAAUUAGCGAUGAGGAUUCUCUGGCAAAAAGGCAAAGGACCCAUGAUCAAUGGGUGAAGCAGACAUUUGAAGAGGCUGAUAAAAAUGGGGAUGGCUUACUCAACAUUGAGGAAAUAUACCAGUUAAUGCAUAAACUCAACGUGAAUCUGCCACGAAGGAAAGUUCGCCAGAUGUUCCAGGAAGCAGACACGGACGAGAACCAAGGGACUCUGACCUUUGAAGAGUUUUCUGUGUUUUACAAGAUGAUGUCAUUACGGAGGGAUUUGUACCUGUUACUUUUAAACUACAGCGACAAAAAGGAUCACUUAACAGUUGACGAUCUGGCUCAGUUUUUCAAAGUAGAACAAAAGAUGAAUAAUGUGACAACAGAAUACUGUAUUGACAUUAUACAGAAAUUUGAAGUCUCAGAGGAAAACAAAGAACAACAUGUUCUGGGAAUAGAUGGUUUUACUAAUUUCAUGAGAAGUCCUGCAGGAGAUAUUUUUAACCCUCAGCACUGUGAGAUCUACCAAGACAUGGACCAACCUCUCUGUAGCUACUACAUUGCAUCAUCCCAUAACACCUACUUAACUGGAGACCAACUUCUUUCUCAAUCCAAAGUGGAUAUGUAUGCUUGGGUAUUGCAAGAUGGCUGUCGAUGCAUAGAAGUUGACUGCUGGGAUGGACCAGAUGGGGAGCCAGUGGUACACCAUGGCUAUACCCUUACUUCCAAAGUCCUUUUUAAAGAUGUUGUGGAAACCAUCAACAAACAUGCUUUUGUGAAAAAUGAAUAUCCUGUUAUACUUUCAAUUGAAAACCACUGCAACAUUCAACAACAAAGAAAGAUUGCUCAGUACAUGAAAGAUAUAUUUGGGGAUAAACUUGAUCUGUCUUCUGUCCCACUUGGAGAAUCCAAGCAACUUCCUAGUCCUCAGAAUCUCAAGGGAAAGAUAUUAGUGAAGGGGAAAAAGUUGCCAUAUGACCUGGCAGACGAUGCUGAGGAGGGAGAAGUCUCAGAUGAAGAUAGUGCUGACGAAAUAGAAGAAGAAUGCAAACUCACACAAUGUUUUAGUAAUGGCACAACAGAGCACCAGGUGGAAUCUUUCAUUCGGAAAAAACUGGAGUCUUUGCUAAAGGAAUCCCAGAUCAGGGAUAAGGAAGAUCCAGAUAGCUUUACCGUGAAAGCAUUACUAAAGGCAACACAUGAAGGCCUGAAUGUUAAUCUUAAACAGAAUGAUGACACAAAAGAUUGUGGAAAGUCUAAAAGGUCUUCAGUUGGAAGUAUUGCCAAACACAAAAAAGCUUCCAAAUCCAGGUCUAAAUCUUGCAGUACUAGUGAUGAUGAAGAUUCAUCGCCAAAAGAGACAACAGCACAGGCACACAGGUGGAGCCAAGCUACAUAUGGCAUCUUGCUUACUUGUGCUUGGAUUGGUGGAGAGGAAGAUGUUGAAUAUGCAAAUUACAGGUUGGGUCGUCGAAGGAAGACAAUGAAGUUAUGUCGAGCUUUGUCAGACUUGGUUGUCUACACAAAUUCUGUGGCUGCACAAGACAUUGUAGAUGAUGGGACCUCAGGAAACGUUUUAUCCUUUAGUGAAACAAGAGCACACCAGGUGGUUCAGCACAAAUCUGAGCAGCUCAUGUUGUACAAUCAAAAACAAUUAACUAGGAUUUAUCCAUCUGCAUACAGGAUAGACUCUAGUAAUUUUAACCCAGUGGCCUACUGGAAUGCAGGAAUUCAGCUUGUUGCGUUAAACUAUCAAACAGAAGGACGCAUGAUGGAAUUAAAUCGAGCUAAAUUCAAGAUGAAUGGUGGUUGUGGAUAUGUCCUUAAGCCCCAGCAGAUGUGCAAAGGUGUAUUUAACCAAUUUUCAGCUGACCCUCUUCCUGCCAGCCCAAAAAAGCAGUUAAUUUUGAAGAUAAUCAGUGGACAGCAACUUCCCAAACCACCAGAUUCAAUGCUUGGGGAUAGAGGAGAGAUCAUUGACCCUUUUGUAGAAGUGGAAAUUAUCGGCUUGCCUGUGGACUGCUGUAAGGAACAGACUCGAGUAGUUGAUGACAAUGGUUUCAAUCCUGUAUGGGAGGAAACUCUUACCUUUACAGUUCAUAUGCCAGAAAUAGCAUUGGUAAGGUUCUUAGUAUGGGACCAUGAUCCAAUUGGCCGGGAUUUUGUUGGACAAAGGACUGUAGCCUUUAACAGUCUUAUGCCUGGAUAUCGGCAUGUUUAUCUGGAUGGUCUAACAGAAGCCUCCAUAUUUGUUCAUGUUACAAUUAAUGAAAUAUAUGGAAAGUGGAGUCCUUUAAUCCUCAAUCCCAGUUACACAAUAUUGCACUUUCUAGGAGCUACGAAGAACAGGCAGUUUAUUGGCCUGAAAGGGUUUUUCAAUAGGAGUUCUAAGCAUAGCUCUGUUGAGAGCAAUAGUCAUGUUCGUAAGAAAUCAAUUGGGGACCGUAUCUUGCGACGCAGUGCGAGUGCUCCAGCCAAAGCCAGGAAGAAGACCAAGAUGGUGUUUCAAGAGUCAACUGAGAGUAAAGACAUUGUCUGUGAAACAUCUGGUGCUAAAGAGAGAGAUUUUAUGAGAAAGAGAACCUCAAGGAGUCUGCAAGCACGCCCUGUUUCAAUGCCUGUGGAUAAGUUACUACUUGGGGCUUUUGAACCUUCAACAUCAGAGAUUUCUAAGGAGACUAGAAGUGACAUAGCUUCAGGUUCAGCAGGGGAGAUGCAAGCUAAGCACCAGGAGAAGCCAGAGAUGACAAAACUGGAUCUACCAGUUCAUAAAAAUAAUCUUGCUAUUCAACAUUCUUCCCCUCUUUUUAAAGAUUGUCACCAGACUGAAAAUCCAGUAAAUAAACCUGUACAUAAAAAAUGGAGGAGCUUACAUUUAGAAAAACAAAACUAUGAUGAUAUUAGAGAGUUAAAUGAUACAUUUACCAGUGAAUCUGAUGAGGAGAUUUUAAAGCCAAAAGAAGGUAAUGAAAAAGAAGCUAUGCUGUUAUUAGACAAAAUGGAGUCCAUCCCAGAAAACACCAAGCAUCAUGCAAAAGCUGAUUUAUUUUCUGUGACUGAUUUAUCAAGCACUAUAUGUACAGACAUGAAUCACUUACAGUCUACUGCACCUUUAUUAGAAACUGAUAUUUCUCAUAUUAUAAGUGAAGUUCCUUCAGUCAACGAGAGUGAACUUGGAAGCACGGUGUCUGCUUUAAUAAGGCACUUUGAGAUCACCGAAGACAAAACUAAUUUGACAUUUGUCUCAAGUUUGCAAGGUCCAAACAGCCAAAGCAAUUUUUGUGACAAUUCUGAUGUGUUAAUAUCUGACCUUUUAAAUAGAAAAAAGCACACAAGACAAUCUUUACAUUCAGCUUCCAACACUACUGUGUUCUCCAGCCCUGAAACAAGUGAAUAUUCUAUAUAUACAUUUAUUCAUGAAGAGCAUGUACCUCCUGAUGCCAAUUACAAAUUGAUGGAUGCAAACAAUGGCAUAUCAUCGUGUUCUAAUUUAAAAAAUAAUUCAUCAAACAGUUGGCUAGAUAGUUCUGAGAGCCUACAGUUUUGUUCUCAAUAUAAUGCAAACAGCAAUACAUUAGGUCUAAAAUCAAAGCAAAGUAGGCCACAAGUUUCACUGAAAACAUCAUCAGGCUGUACAGAUGAGAAUGUCAAACAGAUAUCAUCUCACAACUCCUUUCUAAAGAACCUUAAUGUAGAUAGUAAUCCUAAGAGAAUAGCGGAUAAGAAUUUCUUACAUACUGGUGUCAAUAGGUAUGCCACACAAGCCUGUCCAAACUCUCAAAACACAGGCAUUCAACACGGAUCUGGUCAACUUUAUCAAAACAGGCAUUCAAGUUAUAAACCAAGAGCAGAUGCACCACGAGACAAACAGUAUAUUGCCCAGUCUGGAAACCUGCACAGCUCGCCCAAUGCAAACUGGCCCAAACCUUCAAACUAUCACAUUCAUUCAUUACAAGGUAUUAAACAGCCAAGUCCAUGUAUAUCAAAAAGUCUUGGAGAUCUGACAUCAGACGAUAUAUCUUGUAAUUUUGAAAGUAAGUACAAACGGAUCAACAGAGGGUUUCUUUCAUCAGCUAUUUGUCCGGAAAAUACAUCAUUAGCUCAAAGCAGACCUCAGUCUACCGAUGCUUUAACGGAACAGUUGCGCAAACUGAUGUCUUUUGACCAAGACGACAGUAACAGGCCAUCAUAUUAUGAAGAAGAAGAAUGGGACAGUCCUAAGCCACUUACAAGAAAGCUAUCCUCAAGGAGUCAAAGUAGGGUCAGAAACAUUGCUAACCGUGCCAAAGAAAGACAGGAGGCCAAUAAAAUAAAACAAAGCAAUUUAAACUCAAGUGAAGUAGUCUUAAGAAACAAACGUUCCAUGGCUUCUCAGCCCAUCAACAGGCAUUCCACUGGUUCUUAUAUAGGUAGCUUGUAUAAUAACUUUAACAGUGAAAGGCUAGAAGGCAGAGGUAUACCAGAAGGUGCAUGCACUUCCCAUACACAAGUGUAUAAUGACCACAUUGACACUGGCUUUACUUAUCGACAUGAGCCAAGCAAUACUGAUGAACCAGAAAUUUAUUUCCUACUAAGACUGUAAUUUGUACAUAGUCUGCUUUUCAGUGUUGUAUACAAAAUGUCUGAUUUCACAGAAAAGUUUCAUAGAAAGUGUUUUUCCUGGCCUUUUAAAUUAUAUAGAUAGAUACAUGAUUUUUUUUCCAUUUUAGUCUUCCGUUGGUUUAAGCUGCUUUUACUAUGUAAAUACUUUCUUGUAAUUUUUCCUAUAUAUAUGUAUUAUUUUUAAUUAUGGAUUUUAUUGGGGAAUUACAUGCAUGCAUUAAGUCUGAAAAUCAAAGCUUCUAUGUUGUUACAUGCAUGUACAUUUUAAGGAAACAUUUCUGUAAAUUUGAAAAUAUCUAAGGAUAUUAUUGCAAUAAAAUAUGUUUCCUUA